AUGAAUAACCAUCAACACGAUGAAAACUGUCAAUUCUGUAAAUUCAGAUAAAGCAAGUUUAUUUAGAAAGAAAUACAUGAGAAGUAUUUGAUAAAUAUGAAGGCCUAGAUACUUUGAGCAGUUCAACUUCUAUUUUGCUAAGCCGAUAACAGAAAUAUUAGCAAAUGUUCCAGUGGAUCAUGUCAUUUAGUUUAAGGACUAAUUGUACUUGCAUGAUGAAAACGAAUAUAUGAAGCGUUUUUAUUAACGAGAAGAGUAAGAUCCGAGAUUAAAUUUACUUAGCAAUUUCUACUUUGAGUAGCAUAAAGUAAAAAUUGAAACAUUAUACAAUAAUAGAUGAUAUAACCAAAUUUAUGUAAAGUUAAUGCUCAUAAGUUUAUGGAGAAGAGAUAGAAUAAAUUGCUAAAAUUACAAUAAAAAGCAUAAAAUAGUUAGAAUCAACCACCAAUUACUAAAAAGAUGAUUCCAGAUCAUAUUUUUAGUGAAAAUUAUGUUGAAUCCGUAUCUGAGUAGUAUCGACAUACUUAUUUAGUUCCUAUCCGAAGGAACAAAUUUCUUGGGACAGCAAAUCUCAUAAUAUCUAUGAGAUAUCAUAAGUUGAAGCAUAGAAAUCAUUACCAAUCAACAAACCAGCAUAAUAAUGCUAAUGUUCAAUAAUGAACACAUCUGGAGAUCAUAACAAAUUAUUUAAUUGUUAGAAUGACCAAGAACUUGAUAAUAUCUUCAACGAUAUUAAUGUGUAAACAUCAAGGAAUUUGUCAGCAAUCACUAAGAUCCCACUCAAAAAGAAGAUGCCAACCACAACUACUUCAAAUGCCAAGAAGAAUCCUACUCCUUAAUAAUCUCAAUAGCCUAAGGUACUUAUCCCACCUUUGAAAUUAUAAGAGAGUGCCAAAUCUUCAACUACUACAGCAGCCAACAAUAAUAAUAAAUCCACUAGUAUUCAAUCCUUAAUGAAGAAAUACGAUCAAAUAUUGUAAAAACGGUUUUAAGUGAAAGAAAUCCUCACAGAACGUAAUGACAUUCGGCAUGUUGAAGUAUACGGUUCAAAUUGUGGCAAUGGUACUGUUAGAGCAGAAGGCGGAUCUUCUAGGAAGUAAAUUACAGAUGAAAUGCUGCUUAAACUUAUCUAAAAUAUGAAGAAAUCUAAAAAUAAAUCUGACAACUACUAAUUUCAUGCAUCUUACAAAAGCAUACUCCAACAGGCACAAAGUGGACCGACUCAAUCAUGUACAUUUGAAAAGGAAAAUGAGAAAAAGAAAAAAUAUCAAGUUUAUUUGGUAUUAUUUAAUCAUUUAUAGAGUAGCCUAAACAAAUUAAAAAGAAUCCUUCUCAGAUGUCUUCGCCCACAACUGUUUAAAAGUAAAAGGAUUACACUUAUUUUAGUACUUGUUCUCCUUCUAUGUUACUUAGAUCACUUUCAAAUCCAUCCAUGGCUCCUUCACCGUUGCGUAGACUGGAAAUAAAAGUCAAUCUCAAUAAAUUAAUUCAAUAGCAAGAAUAAGAAAUUGGGUAUUGGACUUAAAGAUGCAAGGUGCGUUGA